CAUUAUAUUUUUAUUGACCGAAGUAAGUAUUAGCACCACAACAAUAAAAAAAGUGUACAAAGAUGAUAUUUUUAUUGACUUAAGCAAGUAUUAGCACCACACCAUAAAAAAAAUGCGAGCAUGUUAGCUCUUUUUUAAGUAGCCGCAGUCAUGAGAUAUCCGAUUAUUAGGGAUGACAAUGGAGCAGGUUUGCUUAAACCAUCUUCGUCCCCAUCCUUGAUUUCAAAUAUCCAAAUCCGUACCUGCCUCAUAUCAUGCGGUGGAAGGUUUUGCAAACUCAUCCCCGUACCCGUGGGCAGGGCCGGCCAAGAGGGUGUGCUGGCCUGCCCUCCGGCACAGGGCCUCGGAAUAUUAGGGGCCUCUAUUUAGAUUCGUUAGUUACCGAUCGUAUAUUGUAGGUUGUAUUUUUAGUUUAUGAUUGAUUGGUUAUGAGUAUGAUGAUGUGUUUAAUAGAUAAUUUUAGCUAUAAUAACAAUUGAAAAGGAUCUCAUAGAGAAUACGAAAAUCUGGAAAUUAAUAGAUAAUUUUAAUUUAAACAAUAUAGAAAGAGAUUACAUUUUGAAUAAUGUUAUUAUAAUCAUUUUAGUUUUAUUAUAGUUAAAGGUCGAUUUGGACCACGUCUAGAUUUUGCAAUAGGGCCUCUACGAUCUAGUAGACAACCCUGCACCCACCUCUCGAUCAAUUUAGACUAUUUUCAUUUUUCCAUUCAAUUUUUGCGCUAUAUCCAUUUUCUAUUCCUUCCAGAUUUACUUUCCUCCCUACUAGGGCUGGGAAUUCGGUCUUGGUUUCUUGGUCAAACUAGAAAUGAGAUUGUUUAUUCCUGAUGUAAUCUUUUUCUGAACUUAAGUAUUUUUUUACAAUUAUUUACUAAUUUUUAAUUUUGAUAAAUUUAUGGGGGAAAAAAUUAGGGCCACAUUUUAAAUUUUCGAACAGGGCCUCCAAAUAUCAUGGGACGGCCCUGCCCGUGGGUAAUCCCCACUCCAUACAUCCAACAUCAUUAUACCUAAUACCUUAUGUGUAAAUUUUCAAUGAUAACACUAAACAUACCUACUAUCAUGAAGUUGACAAAUAUACGAUCAUAUUUAAUACAGUUCAAUUCAUUUGAUCCCAAAACAUCCACGAAUCAAUAAUACAAAGUAUAAUAUUUUCCAAAUCAUUAGUUUCUAACUCCGAUAUAUCUACUAAGUAACGAUUAACUAACAUAAUUAUCUUGUUAACAAGAAGGAAAAAUGAAAGAAUGAAGGGAGAAUUGAAGAAAAUGAAUUAAGUUUAGAUUUGGGUGACCACUCAAUUGCAUUUCUCCUAUUAAUUUGCUUGAGUUAUCUUCACGAUCAUUGAUCAAUUACAAUUCAAUCCAUGUAUUUUUCAUAUGUGAAGAAAUUUUAUUGGUGUGACAAGGGAGACGAAAACCAUACCCGCUCCAUACAAUCAAAAUUUUUGCGGAUUUUAUUCAUACCCACCCUAUACACAGUCAAUGUAGAAUUUUUUUUUAUGUUAACUGGAUGGAAACGAUCAGAUACUCGCGAUCACGUGUUUGAUUGCCAUCCCUAUAAUAUAGGUUAAUGACAAUUUAAAUAUUCCAAAUAUUUAUAAUCUAUCUCCUCUCCUCUGCUCGAACUCGAAAUAAAUCCCGCCAAACCCCCCUGGCGGUUUUUCCAACCCCACUUCGUACGGCAACCAAAAGCGCCCACAAUUCCAAUUACUCCAGGCAAAACCGUCAAUCGCACUCCCCGCGAAAAUGGAACACUCUGCUCUCUGCAUCCCCUCCUUCUGUUGCUUGCUCGUCGUUCUGACGAGCUUCUUCGCCGCAGGAGUGGAAAUCCUCUCCAAAUCCAAGGUUCAGCGGUGCGAGAAGGGCUCCGAUUCCGAUGAACUCAACUGCACUCGUAAAAUCGUCCUCAACAUGGCGGUCCCCAGUGGCGCCAGUGGGAGAGAGUCGUCGAUCGUCGCUGAAAUUGUAGAAGUGGAGGAGAAUUCCACCGAUUACAUGCAAACACUGCGAAGGCCGCCAGUGAUAACGAUCCACAAAUCCCCUGCUUAUGCACUUUACCAGCUUACAUAUAUUCGGGAUGUUGCUUACAAACCUGUUGAGUAUUCUGUCAAGACGCGGAAAUGUGAACCAGAUGCUAAUGCGGAUGUAGUGAAGGAAUGUGUAAGAUUGCAGGAUGAGACUGGUCAUGUUAUUGAGCAUUCAGAGCCAGUAUGCUGUCCUUGUGGUCCGUGGAGGCGAGUACCUUCAUCAUGCGGCAACUUCUUUGAUAAAUUGGUGAAAGGAAAGGCGAAUACAGCACAUUGUGUCAGAUUUCCAGGUGAUUGGUUCCAUGUUUUUGGAAUUGGUCAGAGGUCAGUUGGAUUUAGUAUUCAAAUUGAAGUGAAGGUGGGAUCCAAGGUCUCGGAAGUGAUCUUGGGUCCUGAAAAUAGAACAGCUACAUCGGAGGACAACUUCCUAAGGGUUAAUCUAAUUGGAGAUUUUGUUGGAUACUCAAGCAUUCCUUCUUUUGAAGACUUUUACCUCGUGCUUCCAAGACAGGGGGGUUCUGGUCACCCACAAGAACUGGGGAGGAACUUUUCUAUGUGGAUGCUGCUCGAGAGAGUAAGAUUUACGCUGGAUGGUGUUGAAUGCAAUAAAAUUGGUGUCAGUUAUGAGGCUUUCAAUGGACAAUCAGAUUUCUGUGCCUCACCAUACUGGAGUUGCCUGCAUAAUCAGUUGUGGAACUUCUGGGAUGCUGAUCAAAACCGGAAAUCUAGGAAGCAGCCACCUUUAUAUCUUGCUGAAGGACGGUUUCAAAGGUUGAAUGAACAUCCACAUGCAGGGACUCAUACGUUCUCCAUCGGAAUAACUGAGGUUCUUAACACAAACCUGUUGAUAGAAUUAAGAGCAGAUGACAUAGAAUUUGUCUACCAAAGGAGCCCAGGGAAAAUUGUAGGGGUUACAGUUCCCACAUUUGAAGCCCUAACUCAGUUUGGAACUGCUACUAUUACAGCUAAGAAUACUGGGAAAGUGGAAGCAUCAUACAGUUUAACGUUUGACUGCUCGAAAGGCGUUUCCCUUAUGGAGGAGCAAUUCUUCAUCAUGAAACCAAAUGAAAUCGCUACUCAAUCAUUUAAACUAUACCCGACAACUGAUCAAGCAGCAAGUUAUGCAUGCUUAGCUAUUCUGAAGGACUCCAAUUUCAAUGAAGUGGAUCGAGCUGAUUGCCAAUUUUCUACAACAGCUACUACUAUAGACAAUGGGUCUCAGAUUGGUCUCUUCGUACCACCAAAGACUGGAGGGAAUCUGUUCUCGGAGUCUAUUAAAAUGAUCUGGAACAAACUGUGGGAUGGUUUGUUAGACUUCAUUACAGGAAGAACUUGCAGAAUGAAAUGCGAUGGCUUCUUUGAUUUUAAAUGCCACAUACAGUAUAUAUGCAUGAGUUGGAUGGUGAUGUUUGGUCUACUUCUGGCUAUUUUCCCAACAGUGCUUGUGCUAAGCUGGCUUCUACAUCAAAAAGGUUUCUUCGAUCCUCUUUAUGAUUGGUGGGAAGAUCAUCUUGGGCAUGAGAAGCAUCGAACCAGAAAUAUACAUAGAAACUACAAUCGUGUUAAGAAACACCAUGAACAUGGAGCUAGGCACCGCACACAUGGGACCCACCAUAGGCGAAGAAGCAUUCAUGAGGGUCAUAGGCAUAAUAAGCAUUCAGGAGUGGAUGCUGACUACUACUAUUAUCUUCACCAUGUUAACAAGGACAGGAAUAAGCAGCAGCACUCCAGGAAAUCAAGUAUCCAGCAGGAAGUGCACUAUUUAGGAAUGGGGAAUGACAAGAAUGUCCGGCACCAUAGACACAGACACAAAAGAGAACAUAGGGACGGUACUUUGACGGCUUGACAAAUGGUGAAAUAUAUGAUUACAGUGCUUCACCUGCAGGCAAUUGAUUGAUUACACAGCUAGAUUGCCUUUUGAUUAGGGAAAAUAGUUGGACUUGAGUGAAUCUUACUGGAAGUCUAGAAUGGUUGAUUGCAGAAUAACUUUCCCAUCACAUUUUCCCUCUUUUCUGUUCCUCUUUGUUCAUUGUAAAUUUGGAAUACUGAGAGAAAACUUUACAUAACUCAGUAAUAGGAUAUUUUGAUACAUUUAACAUUUGUUUUUGUAUUUUGCUAUGCUAUAUGGAGUCAGGACAGAAAAAAUUGGAUUUGUCCUG